CCCUUACGCUUGCCUGUUUUGGCCCCGGUGGCUCGCCAUCAUUGGCGAAGACAUUCGCUAGGAUGGCGACUGGAACCCCGGAUUCGCAAGCACGAUUUGGUCAGUCAGUGAAGGGGCUUCUCACUGAGAAAGUGAACACCUGUGGUACCGACGUGAUCGCGCUCACCAAGCAAGUGCUCAAGGGGUCCCGCAGCUCCGAGCUGCUGGGUCAGGCAGCUCGAAACAUGGUACUACAGGAAGAUGCCAUCUUGCACUCCGAAGACAGCUUAAGGAAAAUGGCAAUAAUAACAACACAUCUUCAGUAUCAGCAAGAAGCUAUUCAGAAGAAUGUUGAACAGUCAUCAGAUCUACAGGACCAGUUGAAUCACCUGUUAAAAUAGAAUGGUAUAUAAGAGGGGAACAACACUUCUUUGCCUGAUGCUAAGGAGGAUUGUCUUAUACAACUUUUGGGUUGUGGGUUUGAUUUUCCAUUUCAUCUCAACAUUGCAUUUGAAAAAAAUUUGUUGAUGUAUGGUUUCUCCUGAAAAGAAGUUGACAGCAUAAAACUUCUACUGUGAACCUUGAAAAUAAUUAAUAUUUUUUUCUUUUAGAUCAUUCAGGAUACAUUUUUAUUUCAUGAAUAUUAAUAGGUAAUGAAUAAUAAUAGGUAAUACCUGUUGACUUGUUAUUUUCUUUUCUAUUAACUCAGAGAAGAUACUUAUCUUAUUUGUUGUAGCAAAUUCCUAAAUGAAAAUUAGGUAAAUGGUAAUCAUAUCUGGCCAGCUGUAGCCUCUUGCCUUGACCUGCAUUCCGUGGGUUCCUUUGUUGUUGUGAUUCUUGAUUAAAUGACCUUGGUUCAUUUUGUAA